AUGUGGGGUAAGGAGAGGGCUUGGAUAAGGAAGAUUUAUGGUGGUGGGAUUAUCGGAGAAAUUACUCCGGGUGCUGGGAGAAGUAUACACCUACCGUCGCCUACAUUUCGGCAGAUGGGUCUAGACAUUGUGUUGCUAUCAUCAUCGGCGUGCCGCAGUCGCAACAAAAUUGAAUAUCACGUCAAUCUUAACAUGGUUGACGUCGGGGAGCACUGGCUCAGCGCGGGGCCAUUUGAUAUGUCGACAAAAUCUGCUAAGCACCGAGAAGAUCAGGGAUUACGCACGCGGAGGUGGAUAGUUCUUGAUAUUUCCUGUCAAAUUCUGUACGAAUCUAGCAGUCGAAUAAGUUAUUUUGGAUCAGAAGCUGAUCCUGAAUCGUCCAGACCUAGCAGGGUUGAGAAGAAGAACGGAAAGGAGCGCUUAUACGACUUCAACCCUCUGAGUUCGUCAUUCAUGACGUUUGGUUGCAUCGACAUCCGUAGUCUCGGAGAGAUGAUACCUUAUGGAACGAGCCACCAGAAAAUAAAGUUCUCUGGAGUACUGAUAGAGCGACAAGGAGAUUCGGCCAGACCAAGGGUAGUAGUAGAAGCGAAGUUAAAGGAUCCGGUUCGAGCGAACAUGAUAAGGCACCGAUACAUUCUGGUCGACCACGUUUCUCCUGCCCAGGCGCUUGAGGUAUUUCUGCGACGUGCUUAUGCCGCAAAGUCCUUAGAAGCCGUCGUUCACGGACUGUAG